AUGGAAGAAGAAGAUGUGAAGGAUAAGUCUUUGACAAAGAUCGAAGAGUUUGAUCCUGGUAAGUCAAUUUAUUUUAUUGUUUUUAAUGUAAAAUACGUUGCGUCACAAUAGGUGUUUUUUAAUUUAUGAUGUUAUACAUCAUUUUAUACCUAUAGAUUUAAAAUAAUAUCUAACAUAAUAUCGAAAGGCUUUGCUUUGAUAAAAAAAAUAUUAUGGGUUACAAUUUUUGUUUUGGUUGUAAAAUACUACAUUUCUUUGCUUUCACCAUCAAGUAUUCAGCAUAUUAUACAUGUUAUAAAUGUUUCACUUAAAACAAUAUGUAAUUUUUUAAAACAAGGCACAAAAAGGGAAAACUACAUAUUGAAAGAUACCUAAUGAUGUCCUUUAUCUUUUCAGAAGAUCGAUUUAAACCAGAAGGCACGGUGUUUUUGGAUAUAGACAAAUUCAGCGAGUUCGCUCGAGGAAUUCCGACCGAAAACCCGCAACGCCUGUCCGAACCGGUGUAUAUUCGUGGAAUGCCAUGGAAGAUCUUGGCGAUUCCUCGUGAUCAAUCUCGUAGUCCAAACCGAGGUGCCGGUAAAUGUCUUGGUUUCUUUUUACAAUGUAAUGGCGAGGUAACGGACGGAGAGAACUGGUCAUGUUCAGCAUCGGCGUUGCUUCGUAUAGUGCCCCAAAAAGAGGGGAUCGAGGCGAAUACUCGCAGAAUUUCACACACAUUUCAUCCAAAAGAGAACGAUUGGGGGUAUUCACAGUUUGUGCAAUGUGAUCAGUUAUUGGACGAAGCUGGCGGGUAUAUUAAGAAUGAUCUGGUGAGAUUGGAGGUGGAUGUUUCGGCUGAUGCUCCACAUGGCGUGCAGUAAGUUUUUUGAGGUUUUUGUUGGAUUUUAGGUAUAAAGUUGAACUCGAAGAGAAAUAAAUAAUGUUUGGGCAGAUUUGUUUUGGUGUUAUGAAGCAAAACCUAAUUUUGGCUGUUUCAGCUGGGACAGUAAACGUCAUGCCGGCUACAUUGGCCUAAGGAAUCAAGGCGCCACCUGCUACAUGAACUCAAUCCUUCAAACCUUAUUCUUCACAAAUAAACUAAGAAAAGCCGUGUACAUGAUGCCAACAGACGAAGACGAUCCAGAAUCUUCAGUAGCGUUGGCUAUGCAACGUGUCUUCUACGAGCUACAGUUCAGUGAUACUCCAGUUGGUACGCGCAAGCUCACGAAGUCGUUUGGCUGGGAUGCGGUCGAUUCCUUCCUUCAGCAUGAUGUCCAAGAACUGUGUCGGGUAUUGUUGGACAAUUUGGAGUCGAAAAUGUCAAAUACUAAUGUAGAAGGCACGAUUCCAAAGCUGUUCAAAGGCAAAAUGAAGAGUUAUGUUAGAUGUAUUGAUGUUUCGUUUGAGAGUGCGAGAGAAGAGUUCUUCUACGAUGUACAGUUGAAUGUAAAAGGGAAAGCGAACAGUAAGUUAUUCUGAUUUUGUGCUUUCGAAGUUUAGGAAAGGUUGGUUUUGUCAAGGAAUUAAAAAUAUUGUUUUACCUGGGCGUUUGUAGGAUAAUAUGAGUUUUGGCUUAUAUCUGUAAGGUUUGAUGGUUAAAAUAAAAAUAUGUUUAUCAUGGGUAAAACAAGAAGCUUUAGCUUCAUUUAAAGCAUAUUACUUUUGAAAAAUAUUAAGCUUUGCGAAUGAUACAUCAACUUAUAUUAUGAUACCCUGAUCUGGGUAGGAUAAUAUAAGUUUUAGUUGAUAACUACAAAAUGAGGUCUUUCUGGUUAAGAUAAGCAAAAAUAAAACAAAUUAAAUGGUUUUACCGUUAAUUUAAACAUUCCCAUCUAUAGGAUUAAGCUUUUUUAAAAAGGAUACAUCGCUUUUAUAUUGUACUACCUAAUUUAACUUGAUAUCUUGAAAAUUUGAUGCUUUGAGUAAAUGAAAGUAUAUGUAAAGUAAAAUACGUGGUUUUGAUGAUUGCUAAGAAAAAUAGUAGUUGUGAGUUCAAAUUAUUUGAACCAAUACAUCAGUUUAUAUUGUUAUAUCCAGCUAUAGCUAAAAUAAUAUUUUUCAAGAUCUUUGAUCAUAUAACGUAAAAUGGGUUAAUAUUUAGUUAAACCUUGCUAUUUCCUUUUAUAUUUUAAAAUAAAAGAUAAAAUUAAGAAUGUCACUGUUUUCAGUAAUCGAAAGUUUCCGCGACUACACGGAAUCCGAAGUGUUAGAAGGCGAUAACAUGUACGAUGCGGGUGAAUUGGGAAUGCAAAAGGCCGAGAAGGGUGUUAAGUUUGCGGCUUUUCCACCGGUUCUUCAUCUACAGCUGAUGAGAUUCCAGUACGAUCCACAACAAGACGCAAACGUCAAGGUUAACGAUAGGUAAGGGAUUUUUUGUUUUAUUGGUUUUUAGGUAACAUUUAGAAGAUAGACGGCUGAAUUAAUGUUUGAAAGGUGGUACAGAGAGUGCUUUUAGUAUAUUUGAUAAAGGGAUGGAUAAAAAUUAAAGUUUCAUAUUUGUAAAUUAAGGUUUUCGAUGUUGUAGUAGGUAUAAAGGUGAAAUUUUCUGGUUUUUUGCCGAUUUUUGGGUUGAAAUGACACUUUUUUGAUAAUAGGUAUAGAUUUUGCUAUCCUUAACAUGAUAUUGUCAUUUUUUUCAGAUUUGAAUUCCCAGAAAUUCUCCAACUCAACGAGUUCAUCGACGACGGCGGCGAGCAAGACGACUACACCUACCUAUUACAAUGUGUUCUAGUUCAUGCGGGCGACUUCCACGGUGGCCACUACGUCGUCUACAUCAACACCAACCUCCGAUCUCAACAACCACGAUGGUGCAAGUUCGACGACGAUGUUGUGGCCAGAUGCCCGAUCCGCGAAGCCGUCCAAAACAACUUUGGCGGCGACGACCAAGAGACCGGCCGAUCCUGCUCAAACGCCUACAUGUUGGUUUACGUCCAGAAGAACAAGCUGGAUGAUGUAAUGUGCUCCGUAGCGGAGGUUGAUAUCCCAUCUCAUCUAAAACAACGUCUGGAGAAUGAGAAGGAGGAGGAGAUGGUGAGGAGAAGGGAAAGAGAACAUGCCACACUCUUCACGGAUGUCAUUUUGGUCUCGGACGAGCAUUUGACUGAUCAUAUUGGCUUCGAUGUGGGAGAUUAUGAUGCGAUCAAGGUAGGGAACAAGGGUUUUUUGAGUUUAAAAUGGGGGUUUGAAGCUGGAGAAAAAAUUUGUCAUAAUGACGGAUUUUAUGGAAUUUAUAACAUUUUUGAAAUUUUAGGUUAUUUUGAGAAAACAAUGGUGUUUGGAAGUUCUAAAAAUGAUAUUUUAGCUAAAAAAUAAAAUACGUCAUCAUGACGCAUUUUUGGAAUUUUGUAAAUUUUUAAAAUUUAGGCUUAUAUUUGUAAAAAAAGAUAUUCUGAAGCAUAAAAAAUUAUUUUUGGAAAGCAAAAACAUAUGUCAGCAUGACAAAUUUUUUAGAAUUUAAACUUAAAACUUUUUUACAAAUUAUGUUAUCAUUGCCGUUUCAGUCUGGCCGAAUGGGUUCGCCAAUACGAGUGGCCAAGUCGUCAACGGCCCGAGACUUUUACAAGAAAGUGUCAGCCCUGAUAAACGUUCCAAUCGAAUCGUUCCGCCUGUGGCGCUACGACAUGGUGUACGUCUCCAAAGAGGAUGGCUACAACAAUAUCCUCGAGUCACGACGACCCCGCUACUAUAUCCAAUGUCCGCCUGAGAACGCCCCACAACAAACCUCCAUUUUCUACGACCCCAAGCACGACAAUGUCUACUACAUUGAGCUCGGUUCGAAUCAAAUCGAUCCGGAGAAGAUGUGCGUGGUCAAGUCCCAACUCCAGCCCUACAACAACGAUCAGAUGAUCAUCGCCUUCCUCAAGUUCUACAAUCACAACCGACGAAAGAUCUCCUACCAUGGCAGCUUCUUAAUGGACAUGGAUCGACCGGUCACCAACUACCUCGACUUGAUCCGACAAAAACUACACUUGGCUCCGGCGACUGAGUUGAAUUUGUACUUGGUAGGGUUUUACAUUGAUUUUUUGUUGUUUUUUAGGUAAUAAGUGAGGUGGAGGAUGUAGUUUUUGAAAAUUAGGUAACAAAAGUUAUCAGAAAGGCCGUCUUGAAAGUUUAGGUAACAAAUGUAAUAGAAAACGCGGUUUUUCGAAUGUUUAGAUAACAAAAGUUAUCAGAAAGGCCUUUUUUAAAAAACUUAGGUAACGAUAUUGAUAGAAACGGCUGUUUUUUAGAUUUCCAGGUAAGAAUUAGUUUAGAAAAGUCCUUUUUUUUUGGUAAUUUAGGUAACAGUUAAAAUAAAAAAAGAUGUUUUUGGUAGUUUAGACAUCAGUUAAGGUUAAAAAAUGCAUUUUUUUUUGGUAUUUUAGGUAACAAAUUAUGGGAACUGGCUUUCUUUUGAUAAUUUAGGUAAUAAAACAAGUGGAAAUACGUUUUUAUUGUUUUGUAAAGAAAGUUUUUGCCAUAUUUUGGUUUGUAAAGAAAAUUCUUACCAUUUUAUGUUUUGUAAUGAAAGUUCUUGCCGUAUUUUGCUCUGCAAAGAAAAUUUUUGCCAAUAACUUUCCAACUUUCAUUUUUUCCCAAUUCCAGGAAGUCUCACCCGACCACCUGUAUCAAGUCCACCCGAACGAACAAGUCCCAAUCCGCUCGGAUCGUCACCUCAUCACUGAUGGCAUCAUCUUCAUCGCUGAAGAAGUGGCGGCCGUCGACGAAACCAACAACCUGCCCAAGGCCUUCCAACAAAUGUACGGCCGAAUGCAGAUCGAGGCCGUCUGUAACGCCGACUUCUUCGCCACGAACCUGAACCAGAACCCGGACGUGAUCUACAUCACCAUCCAGACGGACGCCUCCCUGGACGAGUUCUGCGAACUCUUGGGCGCCAAACUCGAGUACGACCCCAAGAAGAUUGUCCUCUGGCGAUCCACCAUCCCCGCCGAGCGGCCCGGCCCCAUCGUCGGCCAAGAGGAGUUCCUACGCUACACGAUGCAGGACAUUGUAGGCCUCAAUGGCAACGUCAUCCACGACCCACGCAGCACUCGACCCUACACCGUCUACUACUCCAAAAUACCCAUCAAUGCCUCCAAGCUAGACGAACAUAAACAUGUUAGAGUAGGCAUCCUGGACCAGAAACUCCAGAACAAAGAAUACUCGGUCUUCCCACCAAAAGACGGGACUGUAGCCGAUAUUCUGGAGUGCGCGAAAGAGUACGUGGAGUUCGCACCGAAUGGAAGUGGUCAGCUGAGAUUGGUCCAUGUCACGAAUACUCCUUCACAAAGCCGGGUUUAUCAGGUGAGUCGGUGGAAAGAAAGUUGUUGCGGUUUUUGAAUUUUGAGAAUUUAAAAUUUUUGAGUCUGGAACCAAAGUUCUUGCGGUUUUUAAAAUUUAAAUUUUUUUGAGGGUUUGUAAAGAAAGUUAUUACGGUUUUGUUUAAGACUGCACCGUGCGAAAGCUAAAUCGCUGCACCGUGCAACGAAUAAAAAGAACUGCACAGUGCGAAAAAAUUAAAAUGGAAAUAAAUUUAUUGCGGCUUAUGAAAUUUUUAUAAUUUUUAAAUUUUUCGGGUUUGGAAAGAAAGUUUUUGCCGAUUUUUCUUUGGAAAAAUGGUUUUCAUUCUGUAAAGAAAGUUCUCUGUGCAGUCAAUAAAAUAGGCUGCACAGUGCAGCUGCAAAGAAGGGCUGCACAGUGCAAUCAUAAAAAAUGAAAAAAUGCAUUUUAAAGAAAAAAUGACAAUUUUAAUUUUAGGUAGUACCAAACGAGACGCCAAUCGCCCAACUGACCCAGAAAACGAUGUGCCACACCCUGGCCUCACACGCCUCACCCUCCAACCUGAGGGUGGAAGAGGUGCCGGUGGACCAAGUUCAGCUGAAUCCAAACGAAGCUUUACUAGCAGUGGGGCAUUUCGAAAAAGAACCGACGAAAAUGUUUGGCACACCGUUCUUCAUCAAAAUCGUGGACGGCGAACCGUUCCGCGAAGUCAAAAAGCGGGUACGACAGGCGCUGGAGGUCAGCGAUCGCGACUUUGAAAAGGUAAAUUUUUGUUUUGGUUUUGUUUUUUAUAGUCUUGAAGGCUAUUCAAAGUCUAGUUAGUAGGUUAGAUUUGAUGUUUGAUGAUUGUUUAUAGCCGGAGGGUGGAUUUUUUGUCAAAUUAAUUUUUUAAAAAAUUUUUGAAAAUUUUUAAAAUGAGGUUUGGUUUUAAAAUAAAGAAAACUCAUUUUCGGGUACACUAAAAAUAGAAUUAAUACCUAAAAUUAUUGAUUUUUAGUUUAAAAAAUGAAAAGUUUCGAAAUGGACUGCACGGUGCAGUCAAGGUUUUAAAAAUUCAUUUUUUAAAAGUGUAUGAUGUAAAAAUUACAUUUUUUGUGAUUUAUUUUGUAAACAGUUGAGUUUUACAUUUAGAAAAUGCAUUUUAUUACCUAAAACUUUUUUUCAAUCAAUAGUUUGAAGGCUAUUGAAAAACUGGCUGCACGGUGCAAUAAAAUUUGAAAAAAAUUUAUUUUUUUUCGAUUUUAAGAUUUAAAAAGAAUGUUUGGUUUUAAAGUAACGAAAAGUCAUUUUUGAGUGUAGGAAAAAUAGAAUUAAUACCUAAGAUCUUGGGUUUUAUUUUAAAAAAUACGAAAAAGUUUGAAAUGGAUUGCACAGUGCAGUCGAAAUUCGGGGAACUGCACAGACAGUGCAACAAAGUUUUUGCGACUUUUAGGUAAUCUUUGAUAGUAAACUUGGAUUUAUAUGGAAUUUUAAUGUUCUAGAGUAGUUAAAAAGUCAUUUUCCUUAUUUUAAUCACAUCUUUAAUUUUUUUAAAUUUGAAAUUUUAAGAUUUUUUGACCUAUAGCUAGCUAUAUUGAUAUUCCGAUAUUUUCAGUUCAAGUUCCUAAUGGUGGCCGGAAAUCGAAUAACCAAAGAGCUGGACCAAGACGAAACGCCGCUCCACACGAACGACGUCAAAGGACCAGGUGCGUUUUUGAAAUUUUAAUAUUCACGCCAUUUUGUUCAAAGAACGACUAACCCAUUUAAAAGUGCAAACGCUUUCAGACCUGGUCGUAAUACCCUACCUUGGAAUCGACCACGCCAACAAGUCGCGGCCGGCACGGUCGAUUCACGCCGAAAAAGCGAUCGUAAUCCACAAUUAG